AUGAGUUCUGUUGGGACUCAAAAUCUUUGGCCUCCUUAUGAUAGUUCUAAGGGGUGUUCGCAAGGAAUUUGCAGUAUAUAUUGUCCACAAUGGUGUUACUUAAACUUCCCUCCUCCUCCGGUAGAUGAUGAUUCCGGUACCCCUUUCUCCCCACUAAUCAUAGCCAUCAUAGGCAUCCUGGCAAUUGCUUUCCUUCUAGUAAGCUACUAUACGAUAGUCAAACGGUAUUGCAGGAGAAGAAAUGAUCCGAACACGAGUAUAGAACCCGGAGAAAGUCUUGAUGGAACAACUCGUGACCAGUGGGCCGUUGCCUCGACUGGAUUGGAUGAGGCACUUAUCAAGACCAUCACAGUUUGUAAGUACAAGAAAGGUGAUGGGCUAAUUGAAGGGACUGAAUGUGCAGUUUGUUUGAGUGAAUUUGAGGAAAAUGAGUCUCUUAGGCUAUUGCCAAAGUGUAUCCAUGCUUUUCACCUUCCUUGUAUUGAUACAUGGUUGAAAUCUCAUGCAAAUUGUCCUCUUUGUCGCGUUGAUGUUAAUUUAACCUAUCCGUCGCCUCCACCUGCCCCAAGUUCUCAAACUCCAUCGACCGUCAACCUAGCUUCUCUCGAAGUUCAGAGGCCAGAUGAUUUGAUUUUCGUGGUAGAUGAUCACGAAAGGGAUCGUUCGGAAGAGGUGGUUUUAACCCUUGUUAGUGAUGAUGAUGUUCGACCGAAGAGCCCCUUACAAAAUAUUAGCACAACACAAGAUUCUGAAACAAGAAACGACAUUAUCGGAACUCCCAAAGAGGACGAUGUUAAGAAAUUUAGAAGAUCAAUUUCUUCGGGUACAUUUUCGAGCCAACGCCAGCUUAUGAUUGCUGAUAUUCUGAGAAUUGAAGAAGCAUAUGAAGGAUUACAAAUGGAAAGUUCCUCAAGAAGAGUGUUGGAAGAAGAAAGCAAGAACAAUACUAAUAAUAAUAGUAGAGAUUGGGAAUUAAUGAGAAGCCCUGUUGCAAUGAGAAGAUCCAUAUCCACUGGCAGAUUCUUAUUCACAGUUCAUAACAAAGGCAAGAAUUCUAUAAUCCCACAUUGA